CCUUUUCUUUAGUGAGAACCUUCUUAUUUACUAAGAACCUUCUCCUCCUCCUUUGGUAGAUCUCCAGGAAACCUUCUCCUUUCCUUCCAGGUGGUAAGAGCCCUUUCCUCUUUCUUUAGUGCAUCUCCAACAUGGUCAGGAGACCUGGCUUAUUGGAGAAGUUACCUUUAGGAGUCCUCCCUCUUCCUCCUUCACUCCUUCCAGGUGGUUCUAGGUAGGGGCAGAAAGGUGGGGAAAGAGCGUGGCUGAGGUUCGUAUGUGUACGAAGAGACCACCUCAGCAUUUCAGCUUCUUUAGAAAAGGGGCCUUCUGGGACUUGGAAGAUGCCUUCCGUGAUGGAAAAAUCGGGGAUCCUGUCCAGAAGCCGGGCCAAGUCAACUACCAACGGUGGUGGCAACCAGAACUCGGAAGAUGACAGCAGCGAGGAAGAGCACUCCCACGAUAGCAUGAUCCGUGUGGGAGCGGAUUAUCAAGCUGUGAUCCCAGAGUGCAAACCAGAGAGCCCAGCUCGCUACAGCAACAAGGAGUUGAAAGGGAUGCUUGUCUGGUCGCCAAAUCAUUGUGUCUCGGAUGCCAAACUGGACAAAUACAUUGCCAUGGCCAAGGAGAAGCACGGCUACAACAUAGAGCAGGCGCUGGGGAUGUUGCUGUGGCACAAACACGACGUGGAGAAGUCCCUGGCCGACUUGGCCAACUUCACACCAUUCCCAGACGAAUGGACCGUGGAGGACAAAGUCCUGUUUGAACAAGCCUUCAGCUUCCAUGGCAAGAGCUUUGCUCGGAUCCAACAGAUGCUUCCUGAUAAACUGAUCCCAAGCUUGGUGAAGUAUUACUAUUCCUGGAAGAAGACUCGGACCAGGACCAGUGUGAUGGACAGGCAAGCCCGAAAGCUCCUUAGCAAGAAAGAAAAGGAUGACAGUAAUGAUGAACUGGACGAAGGACGGCAGGCUAGUGAAGGCGAAUUUGAUGCUUUGGAUCCCAAGAAGGAGCCUACUUACCAGAAGCCGCUCAACAGCAAACCGGGGCCAGUGAAGAAGGAAGUGCAACUGUCACAGUAUCGGCACCACCCGCUCCGCGCCCGCCGGCGGCCUCCCAAGGGCAUGUACUUAAGCCAAGAGGACAUCACAGGGCUAUCUGCCAGCCCAGACAUGGCUGCUCUCACCCUGCGACACUUGGACUCUCAGCUGGUUUCCCUUAAGCGCCAGGUACAAAGCAUCAAGCAGAUCAACAGUAGCAUGAAGCAAGUGCUGGAUGGUGGAAUAGACAAAUUGCGGCCACCUGAGACAAACAUAAAGUUUAACUCACGCUGGACAACAGAUGAGCAGUUACUGGCUGUGCAAGCCAUCCGUAAAUACGGGAAAGACUUCCAGGCCAUUGCAGAGGUGAUCAGCAAUAAAACGGUGGCCCAAGUGAAGACGUUCUUUGUCAGCUACCGGCGCCGUUUCAACCUGGAAGAGGUGCUGCAGGAAUGGGAGGCCGAGCAGGAAGGAGGGGGGCUGGCUGCACCCACGCAGGGGAGCUCCCCUCCCCAGGAACACAAGAGCUCCAGCGCAUCGCUUGCAAGCAGCGAGGAAGACGACGAGGUGCAGAUCACCGCGGUGUCCCGUUCCUCGCAGCAGCAGCAGCACCAGCAGCAGCUUCCACCCCCGCCUCUGCCACCCCCGCUGCCGCUCCCAGCCUCGCCCCGCCCCCCCGUGGCCGCUCUCUCCCAGCCGCCUCCGCUCCUGAGGCCCACUCUCCCCACGGCCCCCACGCUGCACCGCCAACCCCCGCCCCUGCAGCAAGGGCGAUUCCUCCAGCCCAGACUCUCGCUCAACCAGCCGCCACCUCCACUCAUCCGGCCAGCCACCUCACGACCGCCGCCGCCGUCCCGCGGAGGCCAGCAGCACCCCCCUUCGCUCCUCGGCGGGACAGGGGAGCACCCUCCGCCCCCCGCCAGCACCCUCUGAGAAGGGGUUCCCGUCUGCUUCUCGGCCAUCUGUGAGUCUCGCUGCUGCGCAUCGGUUAUCAGCUGCGGUUGUUAUGCCCCCUCCUGUGUUGGUGGUGGGGAGGAGGAGGAAGAAGAGAACGGACACUCCCAGGGGUCUGACCCCAGGUUAUGUAGCACUGAACCCCAGUCCUUAUGUACACUGGGGGGAGGUUUUCUUUUCCUUUUUUCGGGGAUGGGGGAGGGAUGCUAUAGGGCUAGUAGUGUGGGGCGGUGAUGAAUUAUGUUUACACUUCAGCAGGAUUGAAUUGCAUCAGUGCCUGUGUGGAAAAGGGGGGGGGAGG